AUGGUUUCCAGUCGUUUCCCCAAAGGAAACAGAUUUGAUCCAAUUGUUUCCCCAGAGGAAACAGAUUUGAACCCUCUUGAAGGAAGAUCCGGGCCCAUUUAUGUGAUUGAAUCCGCUUCGUAUGUGUUCGAUCCAGAGAUUUUAGGGUUCUUUGAGGCGACCUCAACCCAGCAGCUCGUAUCGGGAGAAGGUAUUGCUGGUAAAGCGUUGGGUACAAACCAGCAGCUCGCAGUUUAUCAAGUCAGAAUUUUGGGAGACAGAAUCGUGCCUCAUUUGUGGUUCGUGGCCUACACUACUGCUUCACCGCCCUGCUCCACUCUUAUUUGCCCUAGCUUGUCCGUCCUCUAUCACCUCCUUCAUAUGGUUAUGUUUAUGAAUGCUGUUUCUUUUGGGACUGUUUACAAGGGCUAUAUUGAUGAGAAUGUUCGGGUUGGUCUCAAAUCUCUUCCUCUAGCUGUUAAGACUGGAGUUAAUUUCCUUGUUCAGCUCAGACAUCCCAAUUUGGUGAAAUUGAUUGGGUAUUGCUGUGAAGAUGCCCACAUAUUGCUUGUUUAUGAGUUCAUGUUUCGAGGAAGCCUUGAAAAUCACCUCUUUCGAAGUACCUGUUCCUGCACUAAAGAACAUAUUGCUUCUGUUACUACUGUAUUGUCUGAACAGCAACGUUUAAUCUAUCGUGGCAAAGUUCUAAAAGAUGAUCAGCUUCUUUCAACUUAUCUUUUACAUGGUAAAGUGGUGCAUAAAGUGGGUGUUGUAUCUAUAGGUGUUGGAGGCUUAAAGCUUACUGAAUACCUUAAAGAGCAACUUCGUCUAAGAGAUCUACAUGUUUCUUCAUUAUACACUGUUCGCUCAUUGAAAGAGGCAGUGGCAGAUUGCACUAAGCGUUGCUAUGUUGCCAAAAUGAGAACCGAUCAUACUUGGUUCAGGACAAUUGUGUUGGCUGGAGGCACUGCAUGUUUACCAGGGUUACCAGAUAUACAAGUUGAUGACGAGAACAUUGUUCCAAGACCUUCAGUGAGUUAUGAUGAUGUCCCUUAA